CUUCGCCUUCGCCUCCUGACGUCACCGGAGCUCCGCCCCGAAACCGUCCCAUUGCGCAGAAAGAACGGGGGAACCGGGAGUCGACUUUAGCGACGAUUAAUAAGGCCUCGGGGGAGUACACGUUUUACUAAAUAGUCUCUAUUUUAUAGUGCUCGAUUCUUGUCUGGGGAGUACUCAAAACACGCCGUGUCAAGGUCCCGAAAAUUAAAGACACCGGCAUGUUAUGAAUACCCACCCCCCCCGUUUUCAAUAAUGGUAUGGUCCUCACCGCUAGUUGGGUCGAAGAAACCGAAUUUGUUUGUUGGCUGCGAAGCUUUCGGGUGGUUUGCGUCAGUUAACCCGAGCCGGCGGGACCCUGCCGGACGUCCCCCACGUUCGAUAGCGAGGAAGCGAUGUCCACCCCGGCGAGACGGCGGCUCAUGAGGGACUUCAAGCGACUACAGGAGGACCCCCCGGCCGGCGUCAGCGGCGCCCCCUCCGAGAACAACAUCAUGGUCUGGAACGCUGUCAUAUUUGGGCCAGAAGGAACGCCGUUUGAAGAUGGUACGUUCAAGCUAACAGUGGAGUUCACGGAAGAGUAUCCGAACAAGCCUCCCACUGUACGAUUUGUCUCGAAAAUGUUUCAUCCGAACGUAUAUGCAGAUGGGAGCAUAUGCCUGGAUAUUUUGCAGAAUCGCUGGAGUCCUACCUAUGAUGUCUCGUCAAUUCUUACCUCUAUUCAGUCUCUGCUGGAUGAACCAAACCCCAACAGUCCGGCGAACAGCCAGGCCGCACAACUGUAUCAGGAGAACAAGCGAGAGUACGAGAAGAGGGUCUCGGCCAUCGUGGAGCAGAGCUGGCGGGACAGUUGACCAGACUGGGGGGGGACAAAUGGACGACUUUGGCAGAGCCAUAGCCUAGGAAGGACAUUUGACAGGAUGCUUUUUUUGAUCUGUCUGCUCUACAGGGACGACCUUUUCUACGAUGUCCUUCGUCCGGAAGAACACAGGAUGUUGUGAUUGUAGACGUAGCCGUGCGACUGAUGAAGACCCUUUCACAUUUCGUUUCUCCACUCGCGUGUGCACUUUAAGGGUUUGUGUGAGUUGGACGAGGGUUUGAUGGGUCAGCUGUGUUGCCAUCGACAUUUUAUUUAGGAGGGAUUGUACCCUGUCAAGCAUACAAGUACAUAUGGACGGCACACAUCGUUUGAAUAAUGACACCAUUUAGUUUGCAGCGUCCUCGCAGAAGGUCGGAGUGUUGCAUGUUGAGUUUGGCACGAGACUGAGUUUUUCAUAAAUCGCCAUUUUGGGAUCUGGUCGAGUCUUAUGUAAAUGGUGCAGGAGACUGGAUCUGUCCUCGAGUUGGCCAGCAUGCAAAGAAAGGUGCAGUCUGUUUGGGCGUCGUUGUGGUUAAUGUCCUCCUCUGUAAGGUCGACUAUCACAUUUGUAUGGAGAAGACUAAAUCAUGUACCUAUUCUGCACAGGUUUCUGAAAUGUCCUUUAUUUAGUGCUUUUAAUUAAAAAUGACUUAAAAAAUCACUUAUUAUAAAAUCUUGGACUAUUUUGUAGCGCGGCGUAAUAUCAAAAA